AUGCGUCCGACCUUUCCGGCCCUUGGGUCUCGUGCAAAGGGCUAUGAGAACCGUGUUAUGGUGUACGCCCACCGUCGACACCGCGCUUGGUACCUCCCACCGAAACUUGCCCACGCCCGCUCACCACUCGCUAACAAGUCACCUGAUGAGUACGGCAACACGUGGGACCCGCGUACUGGAGUGGAAUGGUACCACCGGCUUCGACGACGCGGAGCAUACCGUCAUUGGCCGUGGGCGCGUUGGAAUGACGACCCUGUGCGGCAGCAUCAGGAGUUGAGUUGCAGACGUACAUUUUCGGCUGCUGUGACGGGAGCGAAUGAGGGUGUUCCUCUCUGGAACUACUACGCGGAGGUAGGACAGGAGUACGGCCUACCCAGUCACUUUCCGCUAAGCUUCAUGGCUCCCUUCAUUCAUCAGUACACAAGUAGGGCGUGGUCGCGAAAGGAAAUUGAAAGACACUUGAAAGUGGUGGAGGAGCGCACGGGACUGCGCACUAUUCAACAGGCUUGCGAUGCCACGUCGGAACUGUUGGAGUGGGGAGAAGAGGAAAUGGGUGUAGUUCCACACGGCCUGUUGCAGCACGUCGUAAUGCUUGCGGAAGAUAUCGUGCUACAGAAUAAAAAGAAAGCCUAUAGGAAGGCAGCACACGAGCGAGGAAUAUUAAGAACAACAACAAUGGAGCGAUACUACGCGCUGCCGCACUUGCGUACGGGUCCGCCUAUGCCGACAACUCUAGAGCAACCGUCCGGGGAAUUCCCAUGGGGGAAAUUCAGUACGAUGGUUGGUGGGACGCGUAUUCAUCCAUUGUACAGACCAGAUGGGUUUUUCAAGGACAAUAUGUACCCGGCUUAA